AUGCUUUACACUACCGCUUCCAUUUUGGCCUUCGCCGCCGCUGCCUCAGCUGUCACUAUUCCGGUCCAAGUUGGUGUUGUAUCUCCAGACAAGCCAAAUAUCUUCAGCCCAGAAGACAUCACUGCCGAGGUUGGAGAUAUCAUUGAGUUCAAGUUCAACCCAAAGAACCACACCGUAACACAAUCAUCUUUCGCAGCACCAUGUAAACCAAUCUCCGGUGGUUUCUUCUCCGAAUUCGUUCCAGUUCCAGUAGGACAGACUUCCUCAACAACAUUUCAGAUCACCGUCACAUCCAGAGACCCAAUCUGGUUCUACUGCUCGCAGACAACCGGCAAGCAUUGCCAGAAUGGCAUGGUCGGCGCCAUCAACGCACCAAAAGAAGGUGCUAAGACUCUAGCUUUAUACAAAGAGGGAGCAGCCGCACUCAAGAACCAGAAUCUCACCGAUACUGCUCCAACCACCGGAAAGUCUCAGUCAAUUGCCCUCCCACCACCAGCUGCAGGUAACGGAACAGCUGUUACCUCAGUAACUGGCGGAAGCACUACAGUCUACCCAACUGUGAUCACCUCCACAUAUGCAGUCCAGACAUCUGCUGCCGUCGCAUACACCAGCGGUGGAUCGGUCUAUACUUCCUACACCCCAACCAGCUACAUGACCACCGCAACACUCUCUUCAACCGUCACAUCUGUAUCCGGCGGUACCACUGCUACCGGUGCCGCGGGUGGAGCUGCUGCUUCUUCCUCAUCCACCGCUCAAUCAGGUGCCGCUGCUACCGGAGCUCCAGGCAGUUUCUUCGCUGCUGGUGCCGUUGUUCUCGGUGCUCUUGCUAUGAUUUAA